AUGGGGGCUGCUAAGAAACAUACCUCGUCUCACUCGAGUCCGUACAAUAGACUUGUGACGGUGGCCGUCGCCUUUGGUUCUAUGACCUAUGGCUACUGCUCGGCCAUCAUCGGGAGCACCAUUGGGCAGCCAGGAUGGUAUCAGUUCUUCGACCUGCCCAUGCAAGGACAACCAGGCUAUGGCGGAAAGACCACAGAUGCAAUCGCGACGGCGAACGGCUUAUACAGUGCAGGCGGAGCGGUCGGAUCUCUCUUCAUUGCUUGGUCAGCUACUGCCAUUGGUCGCAAACGGAGUAUUCAGUUGGGAGCGCUCUUAGCCAUUGUCGGAGGCGCGUUUCAAGGCGGUGCAGCAGCCCUUGCCAUGUUCCACGUGGGCCGGGUCAUCUCGGGCCUGGGAAUUGGAAUUCUCGUAACGGCGUGCCCAAUGUAUUUGAGCGAGUUAGCUCCGCCUCAAAACCGUGGUUGGCUAGUCGGCCAUCAUGCAAUAUUCUUGGUGUUUGGAUACAUGCUGUCGGGAUGGCUGGGGUUUGCAUGUUAUUUCGCAACUGACAAGAACCCGUCCUUCGCCUGGAGGUUUCCCCUCUGCGUCCAGACUCUACCGCCGUUGGUAUUGGCAAUUGCAUCGAUUUGGAUCCCCAAGUCGCCGAGAUGGCUCCUUCAAAAGGGUAGGAUUGAAGAGGCAUGGACCGUUAUCCAGGCGCUGCGCCGAUCGCCAGACGACCCAGAUGAUCUCGUCGCGAAGGAGGAACUGUACCAGACCAAAGAACAGAUUGCGCUCGAUGCCGCCAAACUCAGGGCCGUUGGAUAUGGACCAUGGAUGGCUUGCAUCAAGAAGAAGAGCUACCGCAAGAGGAUGAUCAUUGGCUUCUUGACGCAAUGGGGAGCCGAAUUUGCUGGUCCGCUGGUCAUUAACAACUACAUGGUGAUUCUCUACACGAAUCUCGGGCAGACAGGAUCCAUGCCUCUCCUGCUCUCCGCCGUCUGGCUCACCACGGCCGGUGUCAUCUACAACCCGACGGGCGCGUGGCUGCACGACAAAGUCAACUCUCGACGGUUCAUGUACAUGUUCGGCACGGCGGGGUGCCUAGUGACGACGUCAAUUCUGUGCGCGUUGCUCGCGACGUACGCGGGCACGACAGACAAGGGCGGCAACGCUGGCGGGGUCUUCAUCGUGUUCCUGUACCUGACGUUCCAGGGCACCUUCUGCGACACGACCAUGUACCUGUACGUGAGCGAGAUCUUCCCGACCGAGAUCCGACCCAUUGGCAUGGCCUUCUCGCUGUUCGGGCAGUUCGCCGCCACCUUGAUCCUGCUGCAGACGGCGCCCCUCGGCUUCGUCGCCGUCGGCUGGAAGUACUACCUGGUGAUUGUGUGCUGGUGUAUUGUGUACCUGCCCAUGAUCUACUUCUUCUGGCCCGAGACGGCGCGCCUCUCGCUCGAGGAGAUCUCCAAGCAGUUCGGCGACGACGUCGCCGUCCACGUCAACGACAUCUCCGACGACCAGCGCCGGCAGCUCGACGACUUCCUCAAGUCCAAGGACCUGGUCCACAUGGCGCCCACCGGGGCCGACUCGGUCUCGUCCCAACCCAUUGAGAUUCAGGAGGCCGCAAACGAGAAAGUCUAA